AUGAGGACGAUGCUCAGUCUGCUCCUCACUUUGACCUGUGCCGUGGCGCAUGUCUCGGCUCAGGCGUCGUCGUCGUCGUCGUCGUCGUCUUCGUCCCCUUCGACAAUCUACUACCGCAUCACGAUCAGCAACGAAAGCGGGCGCGAUGGGACUUACUCCGUCUUCCUGCAGCCGCCCGAGGUCACUGGCGGAGGGUCCGACGUGUUCGCCCAUGCGUGGGUGACUGCGUUUGUGCAGACGGGAGGGAGCGUGGAUGUGCGGACCACGUCGGACUGGUAUGCUUGCACUUUCGAAAUGCGCGUCGUCAACGAUGCGCCGACGCUGAUAGAGGUCCUCCCCGAGGCCACGGCGGGCGCCUACGAGAUCAUCACGGGCGAUGAUAUGCCCAACCCGAAUGAGGAGUACCUCGUGGGCCUGGGGAAGAUGAAUGACUUGGGCGUCGUGACCGUGGCUGCGUCGGUGCUCGCUCAUAAUAUGGAUAGCGUCAUGAUAGUGCCCGCGAUGAGGUUCUACGUCAGUGCGAGCGAGCAUAUGGCCGGGGAGAUUGUGGACCUCGCGUCUGUUGCUGGCGAGGCGGCGGAGGUGGACUUUGGUGGAGGAGCGGGACGGGGCGGGAGUUUUGCGGUUGUGACGCACACGGGGACGGGGACGGGGGCGUGGGAUAUCAGCUAUGAAGCGGGCUUGACUACGUAG